UCUCGCACGGACCGCUAUACCGCUAUAGCUCGCUGUUGUGUUCGGAUCUGCUCAACAUGGCAAGAACUAAGCAAACUGCUCGCAAGUCGACCGGUGGCAAAGCCCCGCGUAAACAGUUGGCAACAAAAGCGGCGCGUAAGAGUGCGCCCGCAACUGGAGGCGUGAAGAAGCCGCAUCGUUAUCGUCCUGGAACUGUUGCUCUUCGUGAAAUCCGCCGUUAUCAGAAGAGUACGGAAUUGCUGAUUCGCAAACUCCCGUUCCAGCGAUUGGUUCGUGAGAUCGCACAGGAUUUCAAGACCGAUCUUCGUUUUCAAAGCUCGGCCGUUAUGGCCUUGCAAGAAGCGAGCGAGGCUUACCUCGUCGGACUGUUUGAAGACACCAAUCUCUGUGCUAUUCACGCCAAAAGAGUUACCAUCAUGCCCAAGGAUAUUCAGUUAGCUCGCCGAAUUCGUGGAGAGCGUGCUUGAAUCCAUUUUCUUAAAAAAUCGGCCCUUUUCAGGGCCA